AAGAACACAGCACUUUUCAAGAAACAUGUCCAAACUGCUUCCAGUUGUUGGUUCUGGAUAACUCUAGAGUGCGCCUCAAACCCAAGGCCAAACUGACACCCAAGAUACAAAAACUCCUUAAUCGAGAAGCAAGAAAUCAUACACUGAGUUUUAAAGAAGCAAAGCUGUUGAGAAAGUACAAAGACUCCGCAAGUGUGCUGCUGGUUACCUGUAGAACAUGCAACAGAACAAUGAAACACCAUGGGAAGAGUAGAAGUUUCCUGUCCGCCUUGAAGAGUAAUACUGCCACUGCUACAAACAAAGCCAACCUGAAAACACCACAGAGAAAGACUCCAGGCUCCACAAACCCAAGUCAUAAUGUGUCUAGUUCCAAAGGCAAGAGCCCCUCCUUGACCAUCAGAACACCUGCAUCUGGACAGUCAACACCCAUUUGCUCCUCAAGGAACGGGAGCAAAAGAAAAAAACACUUCUCUCAACUAAAAGCGCUGCUUAGUCAGAACGCAUCUGAGAAGAGCCCAAAGCUGGACUUCAGGCACUUCCUUUCCUCUCUGUGAAAAGACAGGCCUUUGAAAGGACUGCCUAGUGCACUUUCUGAGACUCAAGUUAACAGCUUUGGUCCUCACUGGAUGUCUGAGCACAGGGAGACUAGAUCCAAAAGCAAGCUCUUCUGGGCAUCCUUCGGUGCUUAUGCAGAAAAUGCCUCAUUAAACCAAGUGACUGGGGCUUCCCUGGGUGAAUGUGAAGAAAAAACAAAUGGCCAGAUUGAAGAGAUGGCUCAAGGGUAAAGGCACUGCCACAUGCCUGAACUGUAUUCAAUCUCCAGGAACCACAGGGCAGACAGAAGCCACUCUACAAGGUGUUUUCUGGCCUGCACAUGAGUGCCCCGCCCCACCCCCCACACACAAAAGAGUAAACGUAAUAAAGGGCACUAAAAGCUAUGACAGUUCUUAUAAUAAAGGUAUAGUGGAUACUCAAUGGUA